AUGGCGCGAGACAGGGAAAAAGCACUGGUCUCGUCGUCAUCGCCCUUGCCGUCCCAGGCCCAACAGCAGCAGCAGCAACAACAAGACCAGCAGCGACAUGCUUCUGGACAUGGACACAACUCGAACGACAUUGAGAUCCAGAGCAUCAUAUCCGACGAAGAGCCUGUGCCGGCCUUGGAACAUGACGAGGUCGGCGAAGAUGGUAUCCGAUACGAAUAUCUCACGUUCGAGACGGAGAUCGUGCUGGAGGCGACUGGGACCGGACCAGACAGCAGCGUCCCGCGGGCGAAGCUGAAGCUGAAGAGAUUUGAAUCACCGCUGACGUGGUCAGCGACGCACAAGACCGCCAUCCUGAUCCUGUCGUGCUGCUGCACCUUUAUGGCCGCGUACAGCGCGGGUGCGUACUCGAUCGCGUCGGCGCCGCAGCGAACCAAAUGGCACCUGUCCGGGGUGGCAUUCAACACGGGGGUGACGACGUGGUGCUUGGGCUUCGCGACGUCGCCCAUGAUACUGGCGCCCUUUUCUGAGAUCAACGGCCGGCGGCCGGUCUUCAUCGGGAGCGCCGUCAUGUUCCUGGCCGGGCUGAUUGCCUGCGCGACCACGCCGUCGUUCGCGGGCAUGCUGGUCGCGCGCUUCUUCGUCGGUGCCGGCGCCAGCACGUUCGCCACCAUGGUGGGCGGCGUCGUGUCCGACCUGUAUGACGCCCGCCAUCGCAACACCCCCAUGGCCAUCUACAGCGGCUCCGCCCUCGCCGGCACCGGCAUUGGGCCCCUCUGCUCCGGCUUCAUCGUCGGCCGCGCCGACUUCCGCUGGGUCUACUACCAUCAGAUCAUCUCGCUGGGCAUCAUGCUCAUCGUCGUCUGUCUGUUCUUCAAGGAGACCCGUGGCUCCGUCCUGCUCAGCCGCAAGGCGAAAGCCCUCAACCACUACCUCGACAAGCUGGAAGGCGGCCAGCAGCGCGCGAAGAACGAGUCUGACCACCACCGCAACCGCAACCCCGAUCCUUCAUCUAGGGAUGAGAAGGGUGAUGACGGCGUUCCCGGCGACGGCACCAACAACACCGUCCCUGUGCGUGUCCGGUACAAGGUGGCGGCCGACGAGUCGCGCUCGUCACUCUCGCACAUGCUGUACCUGUCGCUGACGCUCCCGUUCAAGCUGCUCGCCACCGAGCCGGUCGUCUUCUUCUUUUCGCUGUGGGUGUCGUUUGCCUGGGCGUUGCUGUACAUGACCUUCUCCGUGCUGCCGCUGGUGUUUUCGACCCGCCACGGCUUCACCACCGAACAAAACGGCGCAGUCUUUGCCGCCAUCACGGUUGGCACCAUCCUGGCCACCAUCGUGUCCAUCUACCAGCCGCGGCUGGCCCAACGCCGCUGGCCCAAACUCACCACCAGUCCCGAGGGCCGGCUGUACUUUGCCUGCCUCGAGUCGGCCCUGCUGCCCAUCGGCCUGUUCUGGUUCGGCUGGACCACCUACUCGUCCGUGCAUUGGAUCUCGCCCGUCCUCGCCAUCGGCGUCGCCGAGAUGGGCAUCUUCGUCAUCUACCUCGCCGUCUUUAACUACCUGGCCGACGUCUACCACCGCUACGCCUCCUCCGCCCUCGCCGCCCAGAGUUUCAUGCGCAACGUCCUCGCCUCCGUCUUCCCCCUUUUCACCGUCCAGAUGUUUCGCGACCUCGGCUACCCCGCCGCCAGCAGUUUGUUGGGCGGCAUUAGUGCCCUGUUGACCCUCGUCCCGUGGGUCUUACUUUUCAAUGGCGAGAAAAUCCGUGCUCGCAGCAAGAUUGCACGCCAGAUCAUGUCUCAUGCCACAUGA